AUGUAUACCAGAUUUAGGUACCGCCUCGGAGGACGAAUAGAACUUAAUGACUCUUUUGUAGAUGACUUAGAGCAAGGGUUUAAUUCAAGACAUUUCGAUAUAAUUUCCAAUAAUGUGGAUGAUGAAAGGUCUGGAUUAGAUGAUGCCACCAAGGAAGAGAUUAGACGAAUUAUGCAAGCUCAAAACAUAAGCUUCGAUAAGGCUAGAUUACUUUAUACAGAGAGACAAUUCAAUGAAAACGGGAUAGCUAGUGAUGGAAUGCCGUUAGAUCCCAAGGCUGUCACUUUUGGAAGACAUUGA